AUGGUACCGACUCUACAACAUAGCCCCCACACUCCCAGACUGCUCCUCACCCUAGCAUCAGUCGCAUCGCAAUAUGUUCCCAACCUCUCUCGUCUUGCCCCAGACUCACUCGCCCAGCCCGGAGCAGGCCCCAUUCACUCGUUUGCCAAGCGGGACAUCGACCGCCACAGUCCCGUGUUCGCGGCCUAUGCAUGUCUCAUCCCGAUUCUUGUCCUACUGUCCGGUCUGUUUGCCGGUCUGACGCUGGGAUACAUGAGUCUCGACGAGACGCAGCUACAGGUUUUGAGUAUCAGUGGCACACCUGAACAGAAGGCGUACGCGAGCAAGAUCAUUCCCAUCCGCAAGAAUGGGCACCUCCUGCUCGUAACACUGCUCCUGGCAAACAUGAUCGUCAACGAGACGCUCCCCGUCAUCUCCGACCCCGUCCUGGGCGGUGGCGUGCAAAGCGUCGUCGUCAGCACGGUCCUCAUCGUAAUCUUUUCGGAGAUCAUCCCGCAAUCGCUUUGCACGCGUUAUGGGAUGUACAUUGGUGCGAAGAUGGCUGGUUUUGUCCAGCUCCUUUUGUGGACGUUGGGUUUAGUGGCGUGGCCUAUCGCGAAACUGCUUGAAUUCGUCCUGGGUCCCCAGCAUGGAAUUAUCUAUCGACGUACGGAGCUCAAGGAACUGAUUGCGAUGCAUUCGGAUGCAGGCGAGCGCGGUGGCGAUUUGAAGAUAGACACAGUCACUAUCAUUGGGGGCGCUCUGGAUCUCCAAGAGAAAGUUGUAAAGCAGGCCAUGACCCCUAUAGAAGACGUCUUCAUGCUAUCUAUUGAUGCGAAGCUCGACUUCGAAACGUUGAGGACCAUAUGCAAGACCGGACAUUCCCGCGUUCCCGUCUACGAAGAGGUCGAAGUUCCCGUGUCACAUCUGCUCGUGCAGUGCGUUCUCCUCGAUCCUAACGAUGCCGUUCCUGUCCGCAAGAUUCCCUUGAAUAAGGUUCCGUUUGUACCGAACAACGAACCGCUACUUGGCAUCCUCGACAAAUUCCAGGAAGGCCGUUCCCACAUGGCCAUCGUGAGUCGUUUCAGCGUGGAGCAAGCCGUAAGCGUGAAGAAGGCCGUGAAGAAGGGCCUCACGCGGCGUCUCCGUCACCGUGUCGGAAUGGGCGACGGCGACUCGAGUGAUUCGAGCAGCGAAUCCGAAGACGAGAGCGAUGGUGGUGCCGGCAAGCGAAGUCCUGUCCUCCGCCGCAUACCCUUCUCGCGCAAGCCUACCAAGGACGAGGGAGAGAGCGACAAUGCCGAGACAAUGAAAGGUGACAGUCACGGCGAGAGCGAGACUGAUGACGCGGGGCCCAGCAGCAGCAAGCGUUCGCGUUUCAGGGUUGGGCGAGGCCGCAGCAAGAAGCGCAUACACGACGUGGAGAUGGGCAACAUGGACGGCAAGGACGGCGAGGACGGCGAGGAUGGCACUGAAGCCGACAGGAAGGUUCGUACGGGCAACAUGACUCUGCCGAAGGCUUCGUUCGGCAAAUGGGAGCAAAGCAUGCCCGCCGACGCCGUCCUGGCUAAAGAGGGUGCUGACGAGUUCUUGCAAACAUUAGAUCCUGCUCUCAUGCCUCUAGGUAUUAUCACACUGGAGGAUGUCCUGGAGGAACUGAUCGGAGAGGAAAUUUAUGAUGAGUUUGACCCGCAGGGUCAUCCCAUAAUGAUUGAGUCAUACACGCAGAACGAAAAGGCAGCAUCCUCUUCUGUCAAGCGCAAGAUCUCCGCUCCCGAGCUCGCUGGUAACCCCAGUUCUAUUAUUCCUUCUAUGCCGUUGGGUUCGACAUCCACUAGGGAGAUGACAAAGCCGCUGAUGGCGACACCGCUGAUCAAACCAACUGGUCUGAAAGCGUUGAAUUUCAAAGGGCUAGGGUUUACGCGUUCCAGGAGCGCGCCGCCGUCCCCACGCGAAGAGCGGGCGCACGUCUUCCUGGACAAGAACGACAACGCUGCCCCCGCGACGGUUCCUGAGGGAAGCCUCCUCGACGAAACGAUCUAUGGUGCAGACGACGAUACGAAAUCCGAAUACGGGCUCGAACGUGCCGACGACAGCUCGUUCUUGCACGAAUAUACCUCUGGCGCGCCGUCCGCCCUCCCCUCCCUGCCGCCUCCCGUCCUCGCUGCUCCGUCCCCCAUCGUCCCGUCGAGCAUCGCCCGCAUGCGCAGCAUCAACAGCCCCUUACGCGCACCGGCGCCUGUACCUGCCACGGCACUCCCUUCGCUGCUCAUUACACCCACGGGGUCGCGCAGCUCGUCACCAUCGCUCGAGCACGCGAUCCGCGCGGAACGGAUACGCCGCGCCGCGUCGGGCGCGUCGAAUACGCCUGUGCCCAAAGGCACGCGCUUCAAGAGUAGCCCGCUCACCGGCGAGCGCAGCGGCGUCGUCGUCGCUGACAGGGUGAAGGAGCACUUUGGGGACGCCGCGAACCGGAUAGGCGGCGAGAAGGAGAGGAACGUGUUUGAUAACGACUGGUGA